AUGUUCAGUUGUCUGCUUUGUUCGGGAGUCGGUACAGGAGACCGAAGACCGAACAAAGAAUUAUCCGACCUCAAUUCUUCAGCUCAUGCUUCCAGGUUUCGAGGACGGUUUUAUAAGAUGGAACAAAACGACCCCUUCAUAUUCGGCCCUGAGGCCUCAAUAGACAUGGAAACCCUAUAUGCAACCCACUACAGUGACGCAUAUCGGUCUAACAAUCCGCACGAAAUGUCGAGUUCAAGCUAUCUUGACAUACCAGAAACUCGGUUGUCCGACGACGCGGUGACAGAUUGGUCAAAUCUGCAAUUCUCGUUGAAUGGAAUUUCAUCUCCGAGUAGUCAGAGCAGUGCUGCUCAGGAUGCGAGUAUAUUCUACGAGACCUUUCUGUCACCUCAUCAGGACCAACAGGUUAGCAACCUGACCAUGGCGAUUGAAGGCAUAAUUCAUACUGAGGCGGGUACGGUAUUUGAUGCGACCCCUGUGCCGGAUGAACUACCUAUACAUCCGUCGUACGUCGAACAAAAACCAGCUGCCAGAAUGACGAAACAGAGUCUGCGCGCUCUUAAAGAUUGGAAAAUCGAACACGGCGACGCCGCAAAACCUACAAAGCAUCAACUCCAUCGUUUGCAACGAAGGGCAAAUCUGUCUGCAGAGCAGAUAAUGAAUUGGUUCAAUCAUACGAAGCGACGAACUGAGAAUUUAAUCGCCGGUCAUUCUCAACCUCAAUUAGAAACGCUGGGCCCGUUGCAGCAGGAGGUUUCGUCCAACAACGCGAUUCAACGACCGCUUACGCCGGCGGUACGAGAUAUCAUCCAUACAUCUACCACACCACUGGGUGACAUGGAUCCAAUGAAACGAUGGGAAAACUCACCACCAGAACAUGAAGCCGCACUAUUCAGCGAUAUCGCAAAAGCAUUAGCUCACUCCCCCCUACCAUCUGCCAAAGUCAGGGCCCAAUUGCAAGCCAAAAGCCCUCACUCCGCCUCUCGCGCAGAUUCCACAUCUACACGCUCAUCCAUAAACGACAUUCACCGUAACCUCUCCGCCUCGUCCCUCGACUCUGACAUACCAGGCUCAAUAGCCUGGUCCGACCAUUCAGCGACAUCAGCACAAUCCAAUCGAUCCGGAUCUGGGCUUGAAUACCGACGACGACGAGCCCGUAAGCGACGCACAAACCCUUUGUCACGAGGAGUAAACAGUUUACAAAAUCACAAUGUGCCCAAAAUAUUUCAAUGUACUUUUUGUACCGAUAGCUUCAAGACGAAAUACGACUGGUCGAGACAUGAGAAAUCCCUCCAUCUAGCCCUGGAAUCAUGGACAUGUUCCCCUUUUGGGUCCGUGAUUCGCGACGACACAACUCAAGAAACGCAAUGCGUAUACUGCAACAAACCUUCACCAACAGAAGACCACAUUUCCACACACCGAUACCUAGCCUGCGACGGCCGCCCAGAAUCAGAACGCACAUACUACCGCAAAGACCAUCUGCGACAACAUUUACGCCUCGUCCACAGCUGCCGGUUUGUCCCUAGCAUGGAAAAAUGGAAACAUACACCCGAAUUCGUCCGUUCUCGCUGCGGCUUCUGUGAUGAGAUCCUCACUACCUGGCAAGUGCGCAUAGAUCAUUUAGCUGGCCACUUUAGAGCGGGCUCAUCAAUGGCCGAAUGGUCUGGCGGAUGGGGCUUUGAGCCUCAUAUUUCGCGACUCGUUGAGAAUGGGAUUCCGCCGUUUUUGAUUCAUCAAGAACGAAACACGGUUGCGCCGUUUAGUGGAUCGAUAUCUUUACUCAAGAAACAUAGAAUCAACAAUGCUACUGUUAUGCAGAUGGAUGAAAAUAAACCAAGAAGAUACAUAAAUCAAUACUCCUACCCGGCCAACGGCGAAAUGUCCUGGUACGACAGUUUUGAGACUCAGCUCGCGACGUAUAUCAAUACAACUAUUGAGACAGAGGGCAGGAUACCCUCUGAUAAAGAGAUUCAGGACCAAGGAAGACGGUUUGUCUACGAUGAGGAUGAUCCGUGGCAUCAGACUAUUGCUGAGAAUGCGAUGUGGUUGGAAUAUUUCAAGGAGAGGCAUGGGUUUGUUAGAGGGGAUACUUGAUCCUAUGUAUUGAUGUAUAUAUUAUUGACUCGC